AUGGGUUCUUCAAGGUUGCUCAUCUUCUUCAUUGCAAUUCCUAUUAUCUUGGACCUUGUUGCUCCUCCUGCCGUAGCUCAAAUCAACGACGGUGUGUGCACUUACACAGCCGACUUCUGCUGGAGAUGUUCCAAUAUUGGCACCUACAAUGAUGGCAGCAUCUACCAAGAAAACCUCAAUAACCUCCUCUCCUCCUUCUCAUCCAACAAUACACAAAUCAAUUAUGGCUUUUACAAUUCAUCAAUGGGACAAGACCCCAACAAAGUGAAUGCAAUUGCUUUAUGCAGAGGAGAUGUGUCCCUCAACGACUGUCACACUUGUGUCAACGAGUCCAGUCUCAUCCUCUUCAAGAAUUGUUCGAACCAAGACGAAGCGAUCAUUUGGGCGGAGCGUUGCAUGGUACGAUACUCGAGCAACUUAAUAUUUGGUGUUGAGGAAGAUGAACCUAUUAAGUAUGUCCCUGGCAUAAGUAACGCAAUUGACGCCGUCCAGUUCAAUUUGGUGCUUAAUCUCUUCUUGGAUUCUUUGACUGAGAAAGCUUCAUCAGGGGAUUCUCUUAAGAAGUUUGCAGCUGGACAUGUGACCAUCCAAGGAAGCACAACAAAUCAAUCAAUAUAUGCACUUUUGCAGUGCACUCCAGACAUGGACAAGCAAAGCUGCAGCGAUUGCCUUAAAGGGGCCGCCUCAAAAAUUCCGGAAUGUUGUGGCGGAAAGCAAGCAGGCAGAGUUCUUAAACCCAGUUGCAAUUUGAGGUAUGAGGCCACUCUGUUCUAUGAGUCUACAGCUGAUUCGCUUGUAACUCUUCCAUCCGUAAAAGGAAAGAAGAGCACCAUAUCAAAAACUGUCAUCAUCGUCAUCAUUGUGGUUGUGAUUGUUUCUGUCGUUACACUACUUAUUGGCGUAUUGAUUUUCAUAAGAGUGAGGAGACAAAGGGCAAAACUAAAACUUGAAAAUGAUAAUAAUUCGGAUGAAAUUAGUUUGGUUGAAUCUUUGCAAUAUGACUUCGACACUAUAAGAUCUGCAACGGAUGACUUCUCUGAUGCAAAUAAGCUUGGACAGGGUGGAUUUGGAGCUGUUUACAAGGGUAGGCUAGCGAAUGGAAGAUAUAUAGCUGUGAAAAGGCUCUCUAAGAAUUCUGAACAGGGUGAUCGAGAAUUCAAAACUGAAGUCACGUUAGUUGCUCAACUUCAGCACCGGAACUUAGUGAGGCUGCUAGGUUUUUGCUUGAAAGCAGGGGAAAGAAUCCUCAUUUAUGAAUAUGUGCCUAACACAAGCCUUAAUCACUUCAUUUUUGAUCCAACUGAUCACGCACAUUUGGAUUGGGAAACACGUUACAAAAUCAUAGGAGGCAUUGCUCGAGGGCUUCUUUACCUUCACGAAGAUUCCCGACUUCGAAUUAUUCACCGUGAUCUUAAACCUAGCAACAUUCUAUUGGAUGAAGAUAUGAAUCCUAAAAUUGCGGAUUUUGGCAUGGCAAGAUUGUUUAUGAUGGAUCAAACUCAAGGAGAUACUAAGACAAUUGUGGGAACCUAUGGAUAUAUGGCUCCAGAGUAUGCAAUUCAUGGACGUUUUUCAGUCAAGUCGGACGUCUUUAGUUUUGGCGUGUUAGUUCUUGAAAUCUUAAGUGGUAAAAGGAUUAGCAGUUUUCAAAACGGCGAGAAUGAGGAGGAUCUCUUAAGCUAUGCCUGGAGGAAUUGGAGGGAUGAUACAGUGGCAAAUAUCAUGGACCCAAAGCUGACUACAGGUUUAGGAGUUGAAAUGAUGAGAUGCAUCCACAUUGGUUUGCUAUGCGUCCAAGAAAAUGUGGCAAGCAGACCAUCCAUGGCUUCAGUUGUCUCUAUGCUUAACAGCCAUUCUGUCACACUCUCACUGCCCUCACGACCGGCAUAUUAUUUGCAAUAUAACAGUGUAUCAGACAUAACAGGGUCCGAUGAAUCCAAAAACUCUAUGCAUGUGUCAGGAAAUAAGAAUUCAAAUUUUACUGAACCAUAUGCUCGCUAG